ACUACGGUGGCCGCGACGUGCGGAGCCGACCGGGCUGGGCGGCGGGCCGGGCCGCGCCGGCCGCCAUGGGCAACCUGUUCGGCCGUAAGAAGCAGCAGAGCCGGGUGACGGAGCAGGACAAGGCCAUCCUGCAACUGAAGCAGCAGCGGGAUAAGCUGAAGCAGUACCAGAAGAGGAUCACCCAGCAGCUGGAGCGGGAGCGGGAGAUCGCCCGGCAGCUCCUGCGUGACGGCAGGAAGGAACGGGCCAAGCUGCUGCUCAAGAAGAAGCGAUACCGGGAGCAGCUCCUGGACAAGACAGAAAACCAGAUCACCAGCCUGGAGACCAUGGUCCAGAGUAUUGAGUUCACCCAGAUUGAAAUGAAGGUGAUCGAGGGGCUGCAGUUUGGAAAUGAAUGUCUGAAUAAGAUGCACCAGGUGAUGUCCAUAGAAGAGGUGGAGCGGAUACUGGACGAGACGCAGGAGGCUGUGGAGUACCAGCGGCAAAUAGAUGAGCUGUUGGCAGGAAGUUUCACUCAGGAGGACGAAGACGCCAUCCUGGAGGAGCUGGACGCAAUAACUCAGGAACAGAUAGAGUUGCCAGAGGUUCCUUCAGAGCCCCUUCCUGAAAAGAUCCCAGAGAAAGUCCCCGUCAAGGCCAGGCCCCGACAGGCGGAAGUGGUGGCAGCCUCGUAACUUGUGUGGGACUCACGGGGAUUCCAGAGGACUGGGGCCCACAGAGUUUGGGUGCGUGUCCGGCCCUGGCCGGGCUCCCAGGAGGCUGGCGCUGGGCCAGGUGGGCCGGGAGCUGACGGAGCAGCACAGCACACACAGGGCUCCUGAUCAGGAUGACUACGGAGCGUUUCCCUGGCGCUGCUGUCUUGCUCUCGUUUCUGGAUUAAAUGGCAACAUUCAAA